AUGCCGGAGCACGAGCUCGAUCCCAAGGCGGAGGCUGCGGGGCCGGGCAGGAGCCGGCGGGAGCGUGGCAUGCUGCGCUAUUUCCUGGAGUACCAGUGGUUCGUGGACUUUGCCCUCUACGCCACUGUGGUCUAUGGCUUCACUGAGGGCUACUACUGCCUGGCCGACCCCCAGAAGGAGACCAACCUCGGGGUACUCUGGUGCCUACUGACGGUCAUCUUCUCUGUCAAGAUCUUCUUCACCGUGAUGCGCCACUAUUUCCGCUCCGAGGAGGGCGGCGAGCGCUCCGUGUGCCUCGCCUUCGGCGGCGAGCGCUCCGUGUGCCUCGCCUUCUCCUUCUUCUUCCUCCUCCUCGCCAUGGUGGCCCUGGUGGUGCGCGAGGACUACCUGGAGUUCGGCCUGGAGCCCGGACUGCGCUCCGGAGCUCCCCACCACGGCCAGCGCCGGCUCCCCGCUGUCCCGGCCUUCCCGGAGGGAGCGCCGGCGGAGCACGGAGCAGAGCAGCUUGCGGGAAGCCGGCUCGGGGCCGGCUCCUGCUCCUGCUCCCGCUCCCCAACCCGCCCUCGGCGCCUGCAGGAGCGGCUCCCGCAGGCCUCUCCGCCCGGGGAGCUCCGGGACACGCGGGCAGCACGGAUCCGGGAGGAAUUCCCUCUCUUACCACGGACCCGGCGACGUGGAGCGUCGUUCCGGGCCUGCAAGGGGGGCAAAGGAGCCGUCCCCAGCGGAGCUGCCCCGUCCCGGAGCCGAGGGCGGCCCCGGCCGGACACGCGGAUGCGGAGCCGCCGCGGCUCCCUGGAACGGCGACACCGCCUCGGCGUCUGCUCGCGGGGCCGCACACGAUACACACAAGAGCACAAGUAA